CUGAACCAAAUCUUGAGUGGAAAAAAUGGGCAACAUGGCAACUGAGAUCGUUGCCUUUCUUCUAACUAUCUCUGGGUGGAUCUUGAUAUCGUCCACAGUGCCCACAGACUACUGGAAGGUGUCGUCCGUGGACGGGACGGUUAUCACGACUGCAACGUUCUGGUCUAAUCUGUGGAAAACAUGCGUGACUGAUUCCACCGGGGUGUCCAACUGCAAAGACUUCAUGUCGAUGCUGGCACUGGAUGUUUUUUCCCUACGUAGGUUUGAACUGGGAGCGGCUCUCUUCAUAGGCUGGUCUGGAUCCGUGCUUUGUAUUUUAGGUGGACUUCUAUUGUGCCUCUCCCUUUCUGAAAGCUUCAGCUUACGAGGCAAAUACUCUUACACAGGAGCACCGUCAUUCGGUACAACACACAACAACAUGGCAAACAGCCUGCAAAUGGAGCCACGAGAGCUGAGGAAACACAUAAGAAACGCUUAUGUGUGAAACAAACUGGACUCUGUCUUCUUUCUUAGGUUUACUGCAUAGAUUUCUAUUUUUUAUGAAAUAACCUCUCAAUAACAGAAGCACAUAUCUAAGGCCAUCUAAGGUCAAAUUUUAGAUUAAGCUCAGAAAUAUUUAAGAAAAAUACUAUCAAAAGUUAAAUGAUUUUUUUUUACUUUUGAAGCUUUUAUGAAUUUCCGGUAAUAACGUCGAGCUGACGCAUUACAUACAUCACGGACAAAUUUCAACUUCAAUAGAAUCCAUGGCUUCCAAGCAGCAAUCGUUUCUCAUUGGUCGAGAGUCCAGACCUUCUGUACGAAGCCAUUAGCAUUAAAAAAAAAAAAAAAGGACCUGGUUUUUACCAGGCUACCUGAGCAGUUGUUCAUUUUUAAUAUCUCACUACAAUAACUUACAUCAAAAUGCCAACUGGAACUAGUAACAAAGAACAGUUCUUUCAUCUCUGCUAUGAGAACAUUCAUUGCUCCUGGGAACUCUCAUUAUCUUGGAUUUACUUGUAAUUAGAACAACACAAAGACUCCGUGGUGUCUCUCUGGGAACCAUGGCACAGUGCGUACCUGGUGAAACGAUCAAUAACCAGCAGCUUACAGCCCAAGGCACAAUCGAGAGUGAUGCUUCAAGCAGCCCCACUCAUGUCAGUAGUGCUAUUACAUGUUUCAUGUAAAGGUCAAAACAACUGAAGCAUACAGUUUACGGUAGCAUCAAUCAGAAGAUAGAAGUCGUAAAACAAAACACAAAGAUUUACGCCUGAUGAGAGAUGUUUUGUUGUAAGUUAAGGGUCAGAAAGUGAAGUUGGGCGAGUGUGAAAUUGAAAGGGUAUGCCAGUAUUUUAUGUCAGAAAUCAGCCACAAUGGAGAGGUUUUGAGAAUUAAUGCUGUGUUUUAGGUCAUUUCAAUCUGAUUUAAGGCCACACUUUGACUAGACUUAAGCCAUAAAUGUGGUUAAUAACAGGUAGCUUUUGAUCUAACAGGAGUGUAUUUACUUCAUCUGGAUCAGGUUAGUUAAAAACUGGCAUUUAAAAACUGCAUUUUGUAUUUACUCUGGUAAUUUCUGUCUGACA